UGAUGCAUGACGUCAUCAUGCUUUCGUUUUGGCUCGGCCGUUCAGAACAUUUGAAAUGCGUUGUUUAGAAUCGAAUUUUACGACAUUCUAACGUAAUUAGAACACUUGCGAUGGAUGUAGACUGCGAAUUAGAUGGCGAUCUUUUAACGAAAUUUAGUUGUUUAGGGACCACGGAUCACGAUGUUCUAAUUAAUGAACUUCAAAGACUGUUGGAUUUUCAACUCAAUCCGUCGGGGUGCGCUUUCUUCCUCGAUAUGACAAACUGGAAUCUCCAGGCAGCAGUAGGGGCUUAUUAUGAUUUUAACAGUCCUCAAGACAAACUACCAAGUAUGGCAUUCAUUAGAGAUGUGACAAUUGGAGAGGGAGAGUCUGUUCCACCUAACACAGCCUUUGUGAAAACAUGGAGAAUUCAAAAUAAUGGCAUUAUUGCAUGGCCCAAUGGAGUGUUUCUAAAAUACACAUCUGGUGACCAACUGGGUCCUGUAAAUUUGGUUUCUGUUAAAUCUUUGAGUGCUGGCGAAUUUUAUGACCUUAGUGUGAACAUGAUAUCGCCUGCGAAAACAGGCAUGUAUCAGGGUCAGUGGAGGAUGUGUACACCAUCUGGACAGUAUUUUGGGGAUGUUAUAUGGGUCAUUCUAUGCGUGGAUGAAGGAGGAUUGUUAGGACUCACACAGCAGCUGUCAUCAUUAGGAAGGGAAAUGAACUUUCAUGAAGGAUCCAACCCUUCAUCAACCUCUGCUAAUCCUUUUGGACUUUCAACACCUAUCUCGAUUUCCCCACAACCUAUUUAUUCUGUUCCCCAUAACAGCCCAGCUAAUGGGGUUAUCCAUGUUUCACCAGCUAGGAGAUCACUUUUUAAUUCCACGGUCAGUGGAGAGAAUCUAGAACCUCUCAUCUCACCUAGUAUACAAGUUGGAUCAGUGUUCCAUAGCAAAGAAGAGGAAAGUUUAGUGAAUCAAUUAAAGGAUACAUCUCUAUUACAAGACUCAGAUAUAGAUCAUUCAUAACAAUUACAUGGGUGUUUGUGAUUUUGAACAAUUGUGGGUUCUGUCCAGUGGUGGAAUUUGCCAUGGUGACAACACUGUAGACAUUCAAGGAGUACUAAAUUAAAUUCUUACUUUGAUAUUUGCUCGCCCAAAUUUUGGCAAUUAUUCAAAGGUUGUGAACAGAUUUUUUUUUAAACUGACAGCUGAAAAGUCAUGAUAUACAUGUAAUACUCUAAACAGGAAUAUUUUACCAGACCUUAGUUUGGUAAUUCGACACAAUUUAUGUAAUCGACCUGACAUGAUUAAUUUGGCUCAGUGUUGUUUCAGCCAAGAGAACAAAGGUACCUUAUCUAAUAAGCACAUGCUUUUUGUAUCCCUUAAACUCCCAAUAGUGAUGAAUACGAAACUUCUCCCCCUGACAUCCAUACAGUAUCCAUUUAACAGGUAAUGAGAAUACUCAGAUUCAUGAGUUAGAAGGUGUUUUCUUGAUCUAACACCAAAUUCCUGUCACUAAUUUACAACAAAACGUGUAUCAGACAGAGGGUGAAUUAACAAUUAGAUCUUGGGAGUUUUGGGGGGGGAGGGGGGGUAAUGCAAGGCUGGGAACAGAACAAGAUUACUACAACUCGUGGCACACUUUGACAUCAACCAGGUGAUUGGACAGUUCCCGUGGUUCUGGUCUUUUAACCUUUUGACCCCUAAGACUGACUAACAUCUAAUUUCUCCUUACAAUAUCAUCCCUGAAUCAAACAUUAAGGUAACAAGAAUAACGAAAGUGAUCAUCAACCAAAGAUACUCUUGAUUGUCUUAUAAAUUCUCCUUGACAGCACCU